ACUGGCUGGUACAAGCCCCAAUUUUCGAACAGUAUCCGUCGCUCCACUUGAAACGGGAGAAAUACACAAAUCGCCGGGAAAAUCUUACAAGAAUAUGGUGUUUUUAUCCAGUGCAAUAUCUAGUGACAAAGUCUUGACAAACUGACAAGACCUUGAUUGUUUUUCCGUUAAUUACCAUUUCAAAAAGAAAACAAGAAGAGGGGGCAGAGAAUCAAAGUGCAAAAGCUCUCGUUGAGAAUGUUGUUAACUUAAAAACAGAAACAAAAAAAUACAACAAAUCCGAUGUGAAAUAUUCGUUGACUAAAUUCCUACACAACAACAAAAUCCUUCAAAAACGAGUUAAAUUUUAGUAAAAAUUUCAAGUGUUAUGCAGAGAGCGGUGUGGGUGUUAUUAGCUGGUGCUGCUGUUGCUCCCUUCCCCGUUUCUCCGUUCUCCUCCCCCAUCUACUCCUCUUCCUCCUGCCGUUUCGAGAAUAUCCAUACACAGCGGAUCGCAGCAACAACAAUAACAACGGUGUGAAACCACAAUUUAGUCGCCAAACAGUCGUUCGUGUGCUUCCGUUACCCGCCCCGUUCCCGCCAUGAUGUUGGACGAUGACAACUCAGAUCUGUUGGUCUGUGCAUCAGAGAUGCAGGAAGACCGCUUAUACUUUGUGGCCUUCAAGAAGAACAUCAAGCCAAAGAACACCGUAAAUACUCACUACUUUAACGUAGACGAGGAAUACAUUUACGAGAACUUUUACAAUGACUUUGGACCUUUGAAUAUCUGCAUGCUGUACAGGUAUUGCAUGAAACUCAACACCAAGUUGAACGCCAAGUGCCAUGCGAACAAGAAGAUUGUCCACUACACCUCCAUGAAUCCAGCCAAGCGACUCAAUGCGGCCUACCUGAUUGGUUCGUAUGCAAUCAUUUACCUUAACAAAACCCCCCAAGAGGCGUAUCGGCCGCUUGUUGCCGGCGAAAUACCCGCCUACACGCGCUUUUGUGAUGCCAGCUACGGACCCAGCAGCUUUAAGAUCUCCCUGCUGGACUGUCUGAAUGCUGUCCACAAGGGACUGCAGGCGGGUUUCUUCAACUUCAACGACUUUGAUGCCGAGGAGUAUGAGUAUUUUGAACGCGUGGAGAAUGGCGAUUUCAAUUGGAUUGUUCCACAAAAGUUUAUUGCUUUUUGUGGACCGCAUCAGAAGAGCAAAACCCUACCAAACGGUUAUCCUUGCCAUGCACCCGAACGCUACUUUAGCUAUUUCCGGGAGAACAAUGUCACAACCGUCAUCCGGUUGAAUGCCAAGGUCUACCAUGCCUCAUCGUUUGAGAAUGCCGGAUUCGAUCACAAGGAUCUGUUCUUUAUCGAUGGCAGUACGCCUAGCGAUGCCAUUAUGAAAAAGUUCCUCUCGAUUUGUGAGACAACCAAGGGUGCCAUUGCCGUGCACUGUAAGGCGGGCUUGGGCAGGACGGGCAGCCUCAUUGGAGCAUAUAUAAUGAAGCAUUAUGGGUUUACGGCAUUGGAGUCCAUAGCCUGGCUGAGGCUUUGCAGGCCGGGAUCAGUUAUUGGCCAUCAGCAGCAGUGGAUGGAGGACAAACAAAGCUGGCUUUGGUCCGAAGGCGAACGCAUGCGACGCCGCACCAAUCUACCCAUUCUACGGCACACCUACGGUAUCAAUAGCCUGGAGCUAAAGACCAAACUGGCUGAGGUAUCCACAAUUGCCAAUUCCGCGGAGCAUGUGGACUUGCUGCUGACCCGCGUCAAAGGCAUCUCGCAACGUGUGGAUACCAUGCACCUACACGACCUGGACACACUGGAUGCUGCUAGCGCCGAUCAUCCCACGGCUGAGGAGCUCUCCGAGCAGCGGCAACUGGAGCGAGAUGAACAUGCCUUGUACCAGCAAGCAGCCGCUGAAGAUCCCAAUUGUAAUGGCAGCGAUGACAACGAUACGGAUACACUCAGUGCUCCAGCAGAACCAUCCUUGACUUCGGGAUAUACCAUAUCGACACGACGCCGGAAAUCUCCAUCGGCUGCCAAUAAAUCCACUGUUAUUGCCACCUCUCUGCGACGUUUGGUUAAUCCAAAUGCGAAUAGGAGUAGUGCUACACCUGCCGUCGAGGUGCCCAGCUGCACGGAGAAGAAGCUGCGAAAGCCCAGUGCUAAUGUCUUUGAGGCAGCGCGUCAUACGAUCGCUUCCACUGUGCGAAUGACGCAGACGGCGCUGGAGAAGAAGCAGCAACAGCAACAGCAGGCCCAGACGCAGGGCGACAAGCUGAAUCAGAUCAAGGCGCUGCGAAGGCAUCAUCACUCGCGAUCCGUUAAUGUCAACAGCAAUAGCGAGCAGGACUCGAAUCAACGGCACACGAGAGCUCGAUCGCAGCCCUUCCGAAACAACAACAGUGGCAGUGUGGCGGCUAUAGCCGCUCUAAAGGCUAGUGCAGCUUCAACUGGUUUGGCAACAAGUUCAGGAACGGGGCCAGGCGUCUUAUUGGCCAACAAUUUAAAUAACAAUGGAAGCAGUAACCUCAGUGGCGGCAACAGCACCAACAACAACAACAACAGUAAUCUAAGCAACUCCCUGAAUAACUAUAAUAACAACAAUACCACUAACAAUAUAUUGGCCAGUUCGGGGAGCAGUCGCACCCGCAGCCUGGCGAUCUAUAGCAAAAGAAUGGAGCUAAAACAUCUGCGAAAGGCGGAACAGCAUCAGCAGGCCCAGCAGGAGCAGCCGGUGGUGGUGCUCAGGCCAUAUGCCACCAUCAACGAGAGCAAGAUACCCGUGGUAUCUGCCAGUGGUGGUGCCGGCAGCUCGGCCACCAUUCCGCCCACGCGUGGCAGUGCUGCUCGUGCCUCCCAUCACCACAUGACGCUCCGCGGAAGGUCACGAAUUCGCUAUCAGCGUCCAAAUGCAGGGGAAACGGCUCCGGCAGCGGCACAAACUCAGCCCUGUACGGUGGCCACGGCUCGUUAUUAUCGGGACGUAUCCGCCAUACCCACUAUGGGGCUCCUUGGUGCUGGUGGUGGUGGUGGUGGGUCCUCCUCCUCCUCCUCUGCGUUUAAUAUAGCCACACGGUCCGCAUCCGCCACGCUCGAUCUCAACUCGAAUCCGCUGCCGAAAACCAAGUUAACCAGCCUGAAUAAUAAUAAUUCAACAUCCACACCACCGCCUCCUACUCCACCUUCUUCUUCCUCCCAUCCUGCAGACACAAGCCGGCUUAGUGGGCGUGGCAGUGCCGCCGAAUUGCAGGCAAUCAUCGAGCACGACAGCCUGGUUGGAGCGGCCAAGCGGAACAAGCGAUCGCUGAGCUCCACAAGGUUGGACAAGGACAAGUGCGACGAGUACAACACGAAGCUGCUAAGGAAGACAGCGGCGGCGGCGGCAGCAGCAGCCACAGCAUCCUCGGGAGCAACUCAAGCGGGCGUGGUACCGCCCAUCUCCAACAACAACAACAACUGCAGCAGUAAUAACAGCAGGUACAACAGCUGCAACAGCAGCACCAGCGGCAGCUUUAAGCUCUCCCGUCGGCUCUUUGGUGAAUCGGCGGGAUCCUCGGCCUCGCCUUCAACAUCGGGUGACUCGGGAAUUCCAACGCCCACAGCGCCGUCAGCCACUGCCUCCCAGUGGCACCAUCACUUGGCUCGAGGUGUCAGCAGCCGUGUGUCUAGCGACAGGGAAAGGGAUCGGGAGCAGCAGCAGCAGCAACACCAUCAGCAGUCGCAUCAAUCUAGUCUGAAGCUGCGCAAGAAGAUCAGCUACUGAGGAGCAGCAAUUGUUUUGGCUUUGCCUUUAUUUACAUAGCUAUAUCUAUUUUUUUGAAUAGUAAAAUUAUUCGUUACCUUUUGUGGCAGGUGAAAGAGAGUCAGCAUCUCCAGAAUCCCAAAUGCAAUCAAAUUUCACAAAUAACCUUUAUGUUCAAUACAAAAAUCACUUUAAUACCAUUAUUUUUACAUUAAAUAUAAGUAUACCUAUAUACAA